AUGGCUACACGGAAUACACGAUCUCGCAGUCAGCCCCCCUCAGCCUCAACUGAACGCGGGCUUCCUGCCUCAAGAGGAAGAGGGUCCAAUGCACGAGGACGUAAGAAUGUGACUCUCACCCGUCCCCCACCUUCUGGUCCAAUCGAGGAAGAAGACGCGGCUGUGAAUGCUCUCAACGAUGUCACUGAAGCCAAUCCCCAUACCAAUGAUGGCCCUCCGCCACCACCAGCUAAAAAAACCUGCCGCCGUCCUGUCACACGAACCACUGAAGGUCGAGAAACGGAACUCCCCAAUGACUUUCCAACGUACCAGAAUUAUCAAGAACUCAGAGACUUGUGGCCUAAUGGACGUUGCCUGGAGUUGAUGCACUCUCGUCGACAUCUUACUGUCUCGCGGGCCAGCCCCGAAGCUGUUACGGAGCUGCUGUUAGCGAAGAAGAAGUACGAGUGGUCCAUCCACAUGAUAGCAAUGAUGUCAAAUAUAAGUGUACAGACAGCAAAGCAGGAACUUAAGUUGAUCAAUCCUAGUGAUAAUCCAACAACUGGAUACGACCGAUGGAGAGCUUAUGGCAAGCUAUGCCUGGAACAUUCCAUGCCCAACAGGGGCAAGUCAAACCCGCCUCUAGCUACACGUAACGCCAUUGUUGGAGCCGCCUGGACUAGUCUCGAUGCCAACGAGGUGGCUGUUUUUGAGGCUCCCCUUUUUUUUGCUUUAGCAGGCCUACCCGAUUACUCAGACUUUGCAACCGAAGAAACCAAUGCAACAACCUCUAAAGGCCCAGCGGUCGCCAAGUUGAAUGAUCGAGAAGAGGCCCUGUACCGGCCUAUUUUUGAAAGACUUGUGGAUAUGGAGCGCGUCACCGCCCGGCAAGGGGAAGCUUUCGACGAGGCUGAUCACCGACGCAAAUCUCUGCGUGCACUCAACAAGGUACAUCAUACUAUUGCCUGUGCUGCUGACAAAAAUGACUGGGCAUAUUACUUUCUGGUUGCCAGCGCACAUCAAUCUUCAAAAGCGUCAAAAUUAGGGUGGUCAAAAUUUUACACCUCUCAUCCUGCAGCUGGUGAGUAUGUUGAACAGGAAGCGGACUUUGCCAGUACUUUUUCAGCAUAUGUUCAAGGCCUAUCAGCGAAAGAUAGGAUGGAACGAUACUCAUCAAAUAGCAAGAAAAACCAGGAACCACGACCUCAGGCACCUAGUGAUCGACUCAAGAUAGACCUCGGAAAUGAACUCCUUGAUAUGCUGAAAACUACACUUGGCUAUAAGCCUAAACAGGGUCUUCCACGUGGGCCAAAUCCUCAAGAAGUCUUCAAGACCCGCGGAAUUCCGAUUAAGCUGGUGCAGCACCCUGGCCACGCUUUACCGACUGCUCUCCUAAGUGCGGGAUUCAACAAGAUGAAUUGCAAGGGCCGAGAGCUUUGGCAACAAGACAUCAAUAAUGGACUGUUUACCAUGGAGAAGACAGAGCUGGAGGUGAUCCCCCGCACUCAAAAUCAUAACCGAGCCAAUAAAAACAAGAAGGUAAAAUCACAAGAAUUUGUCUCAGACGAGGAGGGCAAAGAUGAGACGGAAGAUUUUGAGAGAUUGGACCAAGAAGACGAUGACGAUAGCAGUGAAGAGGUUGAAGAUUGA